GAAGCUAGAACAAGACUUUGUAGGUUGAAUAUUGUUAUUUCAACUUGGGAACAAAAACAUUCACCAAUAAUGGAUGAUGUGAAAUGUAACUAUCUUGAUAUUUUGUAACUGAAAAUAAGGAAACCAGACUUUCAAUUUUGUUCAACAAUCUUAGUUUUAGUUGAGUUUAAGGAAUAUGGAAAAUAGACCUUCAAAGAAAAAACACAAAAGACAUAACAAUUAUGAGGAGCAGUUACUUGGUGAGGAAAUACCUCCCAGAAGUGAUACAGAAAAUGAUAAUAAACAUAAGAAAAAACACAAAAGAAAUAAACAUGAUGAGGAGCAGUUACUUGGUGAGGAGAUGUCUUUCAGAAGUGAUACAGAAAAUAAAAAUAAACAUAAGAAAAAACACAAAAGAAAUAAACAUGAUGAGGAGCAGUUACUUGGUGAGGAGAUGUCUUUCAGAAGUGAUACAGAAAAUGAAAAUAAACAUAAGAAAAAACACAAAAGAAAUAAACAUGAUGAGGAGCAGUUACUUGGUGAAGAGAUGUCUUUCAGAAGUGAUACAGAAAAUGAAAAUAAACAUAAGAAAAAACACAAAAGAAAUAAACAUGAUGAGGAGCAGUUACUUGGUGAGGAGAUGUCUUUCAGAAGUGAUACAGAAAAUGAAAAUAAACAUAAGAAAAAACACAAAAGAAAUAAACAUGAUGAGGAGCAGUUACUUGGUGAGGAGAUGUCUUUCAGAAGUGAUACAGAAAAUGAAAAUAAACAUAAACAUAAAAAAGCCAAAAGGAAUAAAAUAAUGAAAGAAACAGAUUCAGAAUGGAUAGAAGAGUGUUCAGGUCCAUCUAACUCUUGUCAAAGAAUCACUACUCUAGAGAUGCCAUUAUCAAGUUCUAUUUUAGAAGAUGAAAAUAAACACAAACAUAAAAAAAGGAAGAAGAAGAAAAUAUUAGAAGAAACUGAUUCAGAACAGAUAGAUACUGAUUCAGAAUGGAUAGAAGAGUGUUCAGAUCCAUCUAACUCUUGUCAAAGAAUCACUACUCUAGAGAUGCCAUUAUCAAGUUCUAUUUUAGAAAACGAAAAUAAACACAAACAUAAAAAAAGGAAGAAGAAGAAGAAAAUAUUGGUAGAAACAGAAUCAGAACACUUAGAAAAGUGUCAAAGAAUCACUACUCUGGAGAUGCCAUCAUCGAAUUCUGUUUCAGAAGGUAAAAAUAAACAUAAGAAAAAGAAGAAAAUAUUGGUAGAAACAGAAUCAGAACACUUAGAAGAGUGUCAAAGAAUCACUACUCUGGAGAUGCCAUCAUCGAAUUCUGUUUCAGAAGGUAAAAAUAAACAUAAAAAAAAGAAGAAAAUAUUGGUGAAAACGGACUUGAGCUCUGAACAGAUAGAGGAGUAUUUUGACUCGUGUGCAAGAAAAGCUAUUCGAGAGAGGUCCAUUUCAGAAGACACUCCGGUGCUUAACAUAAAACAAGAGGUGACUGACAAAACAACUGUUCCCAGAACUGAACCUCAUUCUACAUUCAUUCCACUCAAAGUUUCUGAUGCUAUUUCAGAUAUUAUUCAUGGUAGCAGCAGGGUGACCGUCACGCAGGAAAGAAGUAGUGAAUUUCUCCUCAACAACUUUGGCAUACGUCUGCGUCAAGGAAAAUGGACACCCAAAGAAGACCGUAUUUUAAGAAAGAAUUACAAAAAGGCUUUGAAGGAUAUCCCAGAAGACGACCAACAGUACAUAUUGGUCCUAUCAAAUGAUUUGCCGAUCCAGUUGAAAAAUCGUAUUAGAAAAAUGAGAAUAGACACCAAGUUUUACAGCACACUUGGCCGCAGAUUGAACAGAUUGCCAAUAUCAUGUUCGAAACGUGCCAAACACCUUUUUCAUGAGUGUACGGUUAAAGGAGUAUUUUCUGAUGCCGAGAAAAAUGAAUUGGAUAGACUGGUGUUGGUACAUGGUCACAACUGGAAGGUGAUAGGAAAGAUCAUGGGACGAUCAGUAAAUUCUGUGACAUCCUAUUUCCACAAACAUAAACCUAAAGGAGGAAAAGGGCCAUUUACUCCACUGGAACAGCAACAGCUGGCAGAUGCUGUAAGGGAUGUCAAGAAAGAGUAUGGCAUUCCCAAUGACCAGCAUCAAAACAUCCCAUGGGCAGAAAUUGCUCGCAGGGUCCCCACAAGAUCGGUUAUGCAAUGCAAGGUUCACUGGUUGCGCAGAAUCCUAACGUCUGACCCAAGUAAAAGUGAGAGAGUAUUCAGCAAGGUGGCUAAGAAAAAACUACUGGUUGAACUAAUAUAUAAUGCUGAAAUCGCUCAUGAAUAUGACAUCAAUUGGACAAAUAUUGCAAAGCAAAUUAGCAGCAAGCUGACACCACAGUUUCUUCAAUAUUACUGGACGAGGAUGAAGAAAACCUAUGUUCCUGAUUACAGUUUCAUGUCCUUUGAUGAAUUACGUGAAUUCCUGUUUAACAAGUUCCAUGCAUCAUCUUCAAAGUGUGUUUGAGAAUAAAUUGUGUAUUUACAUAUUCAUUCAACAGAAUGUUUGUCAGUGUGAAAAUCAGAUAAAAAAACAAAUUUUCAUA